UCAAUUAAGUCAUGGUUAGACACUCGUUUCCCAGCAACAAGUUUGGACUUGCCCAAAACAAGAUGGUCAACGAUCAGACUACACGCAAACGUGGCUCAGCCAUCCCCUCAUACGAAGGAUUUACUUAUCUUAGUAAUUGAUGCAGAUGCAUCUGAACAAGAUGCAGUUAUAAAGGAAGACAUUACCCCUCGAUUUGCUCUUGUAGCUCCUCAAAUUGAAGCGGAUCUGAUGGAAUCAAUGGUAAGGAACACCAAAGUUUAUCUCCUGAUCUUAUUCAUGCUAUUGGUAUGCACAUGUGGCAGAACCAUCUCUCCACAAAGCAAAGCUGAAUCUGAAGCCAAAGCACUUUUGACAUGGAAGUCUACUUUCAUGUUCUCCGAUGCGAACGGCUCUUCUCCACUCUGGUCAUGGUCACCGGCUACCUCCACCUGCAGUUCUUGGUCUGGCAUAAAGUGCAACGCCGCUGGCCACAUCACACAGCUCACGGUUCCCGGAGCCAGCAUCACAGGCACGCUCGACGCCUUUGAUUUCAUCACAUUCUUGGCCCUCACAAGUCUCAACCUCAGUGGCAACCAUCUCAUGGGCACCAUCCCUGCCAAUGUCUCCCUCCUGACCUCUCUUACCUCCCUCGACCUUUCAAACAACAACCUCACCGGCGGCAUACCGAUGGCGCUUGGGACGCUGCACCACCUGCGAGUUCUUCUUCUUCGCGACAACCCGCUAGGUGGGCCGAUCCCGGCGUCUCUCGCCAAGCUCGGCGCACUGCAGCGGUUAGACUUGCAGGCUGCGCAUCUCGUCGAUAAGAUUCCAGUGGAGCUGGGACACCUGGGAGCUCUCACCUUCUUGGACCUGUCAAGGAACAACCUCUCCGGUGGAUUGCCACCGUCUUUUCCUCGGAUGAGGGAGAUGAGGGAGUUCUACUUAUCAAGAAACAAGCUCUCCGGUAUGAUUCCACCUGACCUGUUCACCCAUUGGCCUAAGGUAACUAUGUUUGCCCUACACUAUAAUUCUUUCACUGGAAGCAUACCACGGGAGAUAGGUAAAGCAACCAAGCUGCGACUCUUGUCGCUUCACACCAACAAUCUUGCGGGUGUAAUUCCAGUGGAGAUCGGCAACUUGGUGUGUCUUGAGAUGUUGGAUUUGGAGAAGAACUCGCUAUCUGGAUGGAUUCCUGCUUCUGUUGGAAACUUGACGCUACUCGUCAUCAUGAUUUUAUCUCUCAAUGACCUCACUGGCUUGGUGCCCAGUGAAGUUGGUAGUAUGUCAUCACUACAAGGCCUUGACCUCAGCAAUAACAAGUUGGAGGGUGAGCUACCUGCAACAAUUUCAUCGCUCAAGAAUCUGCACGAUCUUGACUUCAGUAACAACAAGUUCACUGGUACAAUACCAAGCAUUGGUAGUAGAAAACUGAUCUCAGCUGCCUUUGGCAAUAACAACUUUGUGGGAAGCUUCCCUCAGAAAUUUUGCCAAAUCACUUCACUGGAAAUCUUGGAUCUAUCUAGCAACAAACUGUCGGGUGAGCUCCCUAACUGCCUGUGGGACUUGCAUGAUCUGUUAUUCCUAGAUUUAUCAAGCAAUGCUCUCACUGGGGAUUUUCAGUCAACUGGGUCCGCUAAUUUAUCAUAUUUGGAAUCAUUGCAUUUGGCAAAUAACAAAUUCACAGGUGGUUUCCCAACUAUAUUGAAGAACUGUAAGAAACUAGUUGUCCUUGAUAUCGGUGAAAAUUACUUUUCCGGGAUAAUUCCAUCCUGGAUAGGUCCAAGUCUUCCUUCCCUAAGGAUUCUACGGCUAAGGUUCAACUUGUUUGGUGGUAGUAUUCCCUCACAAUUAUCGCAACUCUCCCAUCUCCAACUACUCGACCUAGCUAGCAACCAUUUCACAGGUCCCAUACACCGUUUGCUUGCCAAUUUUUCAUCCAUGAUGAAACCACAAACAGAAUUCAACAUGAGUACAUCAGUCCACGAGGAAGUUUUACAUCUAGAUGAGGAGAUUGUGUAUGUUGACCGAAUCAAUGUAAACUGGAAGAUGAAGAGUUACCAGUUUCAAGGGACAAUUGCACUUAUGGUAGGUAUCGACUUAUCAGCAAAUUCAUUCUCUGGUGAGAUUCCGUCUGAAAUAGCAAAUCUCCAAGGCGUCAGGUUUCUAAAUCUGUCAAGAAACCAUCUAUCAGGCUAUAUUCCUGAAAACAUUGGCGAUCUAGAGCUUCUGGAAUCCCUUGACUGCUCAUGGAAUGAGUUAUCUGGUGCUAUUCCUUCAAGCAUCUCAAAACUAGUUUUUCUUAGUUCGCUCAAUCUCUCCAACAAUCAUCUCUCUGGCGAGAUACCAACUGGUAAUCAGCUCCAAACACUAGACGACCCUUCAAUUUACAAGAACAAUUCUGGUCUUUGUGGGUUUCCAUUGAGCAUCGCAUGUUCCAAUGGUUCACGUACUACGGAAACACUGGACAGGAGCAAGAAACAUGACGCAGAAAUUGAAACCUUGUAUUUCUACUACUCAAUCAUUGCUGGACUUGGCCUUGGAUCAUGGUUGUGGUUUGGAUCCCUAGUUCUUUUCCGGCCAUGGAGAAGUUUUCUCUUCUGUUGUGUGGAUCGCAUUCAAGAUAGGACUAUGAAAGGAUGCAGAGCAUUUCGUUAAUGUGUGUGUAUAUCUUUAUGUAGUCUUUGCACUUGAGUGUAGGAUUUAUAUGGUCUCAUUUACUCUUUGUACUUUAUGUAAGACCUACUUUCAUUUCAAAAAUACGCUUCAGCUUA